CUCCUGGAGGCUGAUUCAAUCCCUUCUGCCCACACACCCUUCUCUGUCUUACUCUCUGGAAAUCCCUUUCUUCACCCCCUGGAGGAAGAUCAGCUCCUUUCACUGCAAAAAAAAGGACAUUUUGGGUUUCCUUUAACACAAAAAAACAUAAUUUUCAGAGUCUGCGGCGUGUGGAAUGCUUUGGAAAGGAAGCUAGAUCUAAAGGGUUAAUGGGAGAGUUUGAAAAGGAAGACUUGUCUUAAGGGUUAAUGGAAAUGGACAAAUACUCGUCAGAUGCCCCGUCUCCUUACACUUGCCCCUGUGGUUUGGCAAGUUGAUGCUUGGGGCAGAGCGGACACCAGAAGGGAUCCCUGGCUUUGGACAGAAGGGUGUCCCAAGAAACUGAUAGAUUUCAUAUGAGAACAUCCAACAUGCCUCCUGGGAAGACCUCAAAGUUCUAAAAAGGAUUGGUUUGGUGAGAGUGACCACCACGGCUUUAAAUUAAAUUCCAAAGAUGAUGGAGGUUCCUGACUGGAAGUUUCAUCUGUUGGAGAGGAGAAGACGGGAUGAAGAAGGGGCAAAGAAAAGAGAGAGGGAAGAAGAGGAUCGUCUUGCAAAAAUGCCUCAAUGGAAAAGAGAGAUCAUCUUGCGUAGAAAAGCCAAAGCUGAGGCGUCCAUGACGGACAACAGACUUGAGGUGGAAGAAGGAGAGCAUGAGGAGAAAGAAAAGGUGGAUAUUGGUGAAAAGGAAGAAAUAGAGCCCAGGGUAUUAAUGGAAAAGAUUGGGCCUGUCCAACAGAAUCCAUUUAUCCAGCUGGAGAAGCAGAGGAGAAUGCCAGAACUUAACUAUACUAGACCAAAGCCAUCGCCAGAGCCUACGGGUUUACGCUCCCUCAGAGUGGAUGACAUGGCCAGGGAGUCACAUCCGACAAACAUGGAGGAAGAGCAAAGGACACCGCUUGAGGACCCAUCACCUCUGAACGAGGAGAGGAAAGGGAGAGUAAGCAGACUACUGAGUCGAUUUGGACGUUCUUGGGUUGAGGGCGACAAUUCAGGGCCAGCGGUUUCACUUAUCAACGGGGAGGGAGAAGUGACAACUAAGGCACCAUGUCCAUUGUUGAAGGCAGCUGAGCAUGAUAUCAAAGCCCCAUCAUCUUUUGCUGAACCUGCUCCGCCUUCUCCUUCCUGCCUUCGAGCUGUCACGGGAAACCAGACUUUAACUCAGGAAACCACUCUCUCCUCCCUCACCCCCUCAUCCUCUUCCCCUUCCUGCGCUGACUCUGAGCCAGCUGUACAUUCACCCUCUGUGGCCUUAGCGGCCAUGAGCGGGCUCAGCGUAAGGCCUAGCAUGGCUGAAGAGACCAGGUCCUUCCCUUUUCAACUACGACCGGCCUCACCAGCCUCUCAGAGACCUCUGAAACAGUCAGUCCAGACUUCUCCUCCGCUUGCUAGGCCUGAGGUCUCCAAAAAUGGCACAGGGCAAACAGAGGAAGAUGGAGUAGGAGGGCCAGCCAUAUCCAAGACCACCAGUCUUUCACAGGGCAAUAAAAUGGGGAUGAUGGGAGAAAGUCAGGCCAUGCAGAGAAGGAAAGGCAAUACCAUUACAGUAAACCCACGCAAGAUGAAUGUCUGCGAGAAUGGCGUUGUUGCCACCGAGUCUAAGUCUCUCCCACUUAAGAAUGAAUCUGGCAAGAAACGCUACCCAACAGUUGACGAGAUCAAGGUGAUAGGGGGCUACCAAGCGCUGUCCAAGUCUUGCCUCGCAAAGCACAGCCGGGAUAGAAAGAAGCUGAGUAUCUCCUUCCCCGAGUGUGAGCUGGAGAGCACGUACGAGUACCCGUCAGAGAGCUCCCUCAUGGCUGAGUUUGGACCCCCCGAUGAGACGGAGCCCUUGAUGCCCCCUCCGCAACCCGAAGAGGAUGAAGAAGAAGACAGUAUUUUACUCGGGGGCAUCAUGAGGAGGAAAGCCCUCAUCGUCGGUGAGUCGCUGAAGAACAGAAGUCCCGGAUCACGUUAUGGCUACAGAGCACCGAGCACCUGCGGGUCAAGUUACCUUUCCAGACGGAGCGCCUGGUUCAAAUAA